CCGAGAUCACGCGGGGUGCAGCGUGAAGCCGCAGCUUUGCCAUCACUCAAGAUGGCUGCCCCCAUCAAGAUGACCGGGGUGUGCCGGGGGGAAGGGGACCCCACGGUGGUCUGAAACGGUCCAGCGUCGGACCAUGUGGAACUUUCUGGGACUGGGGAGUCGAAUGAAGGGGGGUGGGGUCCUAGGGGGAGAGUGGGAGCAGUAAAGCCCAUUCCCAGGCCAGCCCCGGCCCCCGGGCUGACAUGGGGAACAUGCUGGGCUUCGCACCCAUGGGGGCUUUGCCGCGCCGGAGCCCCCGUCGAGAAGAGCCUCUGCCCAACCCUGGAAGCUUCGACGAGCUGCACCGUCUAUGCAAAGAUGUGUUCCCAGCCCAGAUGGAGGGAGUGAAGCUGGUGAUCAACAAAGUUCUGAGCAGUCAUUUCCAGGUGGCACACACGGUGCACAUGAGUGCUUUGGGCUUGCCCGGGUACCACCUCCACGCAGCCUAUGCAGGGGACUGGCAGCUGAGUCCCACAGAGGUGUUCCCAACUGUAGUGGGGGAUGUGGACAGUGGCGGCAGCCUCAAUGCUCAGGUCCUGCUCCUCCUGGCCGAGCGACUUCGGGCCAAGGCCGUCUUCCAGACCCAACAGGCCAAGUUCCUGACAUGGCAAUUUGACGGCGAGUAUCGGGGGGAUGACUACACAGCCACACUGACCCUGGGGAACCCCGACCUCAUUGGGGAGUCAGUGAUCAUGGUGGCGCACUUCCUGCAGAGCCUCACGCAGCGGCUGGUACUGGGUGGGGAGCUGGUGUAUCAUCGGCGGCCCGGUGAAGAAGGGGCCAUCCUGACUCUAGCAGGAAAAUACUCAGCUAUGCACUGGGUAGCCACACUGAACGUGGGGUCCGGGGGUGCCCAUGCAAGCUAUUACCACAGGGCGAAUGAGCAGGUGCAGGUUGGAGUGGAGUUUGAGGCCAACACUAGGCUGCAGGACACCACUUUCUCCUUUGGCUACCAUUUGACCCUACCACAAGCCAACAUGGUGUUUAGAGGCGUGGUGGACAGUAACUGGUGUGUGGGUGCCGUUCUGGAGAAGAAGCUGCCCCCGCUGCCUGUCACGCUGGCCCUCGGCGCCUUCCUCAGCCACUGGCGCCACCGCUUCCACUGCGGCUUCAGCGUGACCGUGGGCUGAGGUGCCCGCUGCCACUGGCUGUGCCAGAGCCAGGACUUGCCUCCCAGGAUCUGAGCCCUAGGAGCCCCCUUUGAGGGGCCAGCAUCAGAGAGAGCAGGACUGGUGGGCAACCAGGAGCUGGAGCCACCCCAGUGGGGACACCACAGUGCACUGCAGCUUGGGACCAGGGAGCCAGGUCAAGGGGGUAUCCAGCUGCGUUCUCACCUCUCUGUGCCCACCGUGCCCUGUCAUCGGUACCCUGUGGACUAAAGCUCCUCGAUCUAAAGAACCAAAUGGAAAGGAACCCAUCCUGAUUCCAUCCCUGUUCUCCCAGGAGCUGAAAAGAAGGGCUAAAUCUUUGACUUUGGAAAGUGGGGUCUAUUCACCCCCAGGAUGCCGCUCCAUCUCCCCUCAGCUUGAGGUUCCUCCCUCCCCAUGUCUUUUUCCAGAGGCUGAGACACAGAGGCAGGUCCCGCCCUCCCUGCCCUGCAUCCCCCCAACCUUGUGACGCAUGAUGAAGAGGCA